UUAAAACUGGAAAUCAAAGCUGAGCUGGAAAACGUCACCGAUCUCGCCCCUUCUGGUGAUGAUUUCCUGUACUUCUUCAAAGUAGUCUGCACUAGUUGUCACGAGCAGCACCCGAAGUUUGUCUCGGUAAAUAGAUUGGAAACACGAAAUCUCUCGAGUAGCAGAGGCUCAGCCAACCUCGUUUGGCGUUGCGGUAGCUGUAAAAGGGAAAGCUCCGCUAGCUUUGUUGCCGAGCCGUCGAAACCAUACUCCGCUGAAUCAAAUGGACAAUUUGCCACCCUAUUGAAGAUGGAGUGUCGUGGGUUAGAGUUUACAGAAUUUAAUCCAAUGGGGACAUGGACAUGCAAAGGAGAGACCGGCACCGUGUUCUCCGAUGUUGAUCUUGAAGAUGACGACUGGGUUGAUUAUGACGAGAAGGCUAAAGUUGAUGUUCGUAUCUCAAAAAUCGAAAGCCAAUGGACCAGGGCGUGA